UUAUCGAAGGACGAGUGGAGGAGAGAGCACAUGUCUACGAGCUUGGCUGUGCUCGUUUCGGUCGUUAUUGCUGCUUGCCCGCCAUGAGUGGCGUCUACACCAGAAAGCCCUCGGACGAGAUUGACACAUCGGAAGGGGCGCUGCCGUUCAAUCUGCAACGGGUCGCCGAAGACGAGCUCGGAGAAACUCCUUCACGGAGAAAGGAAUCCCUCGAAAAGUUGCUGCAGAUGCUAUCAAAAGAGGAAGACCUCCAUCCAAGAAAAGAUGCUGCAUUUCUUCUGCGGUUCUUACGUGUGCGGAAGUACAACGUGGAGGCGGCGCUGCGUAGCAUCCGCAACUACUACAGGAACCACAACACGAGUGGGACCGUCUUCUGGGACUUUAUGCCAUCCAGCGUAUCACCAGCAACACGCAGGAUUAUGAUGAUAAUGCCGGAAAAGGACGUUCGCGGACGCCCUAUCUUUCUUUUCAAAAUCGGCUCGUGGGACAUCAUGGAAACUUCUUACGUCGAAAUGCACCGGGCUGUCAUGCUUUGUCUUGAGCAUUUAGCCAAAGAUCCUACAACGCAAACAUUGGGCAUGGUCAUGCUGUUCGACUACGCUAACCUGACGCCAGAAAAAGUGCUCUCCAUCAAUGUGGGCCUGAUUCGAAGAGGCUUCGAGUACCUUCAGGAUUGCAUGCCCAUGCGCAUGAAGGCCAUGUACGCCGUGCGAGAGGGGUUUGCGUUCGACAUGAUCUACGCGCUGGUUAAGCCUUUCCUCAAGAAGAAGCUUACCGACAGGGUAGUUUCAUCCGUACGGAGAAAAUUUUGAAGAACUGCACAAGCACAUAGCCUCUCACGUUCUACCUAAAGAGUACGGUGGAGACGCGCCUCCGUUGGACUUCAACGAAUUCUGGAGCAGGCUUGAGGUCUACCAGGAUGACUAUGAGGAGGAGAGCAAGUAUGGCUACACCACGAAUAACCGCAAUUUCGCCACGGUUGCGGAAAUCGAAAACGAAGUCACGUUUUUGUAAUAAAGACACAGCAAACAAGAGUGUGGUGAAAAUGAAA